GAAGCAAACAGCUGUAGGAGAGCAGCCCGUAGCCAAAGGCUGCCAGUGCGUCCCGGAGACCAAAUGUCGGAGGGAUUCUGGCAGGAAGAACUGAGCCAGAAUUAGGGGAUCUAAAGGUGGAGAAAUAAAAGACCCAGAGAACACUGUUCAUUAGCAAAACAAUCCUCACCUUCUCUGACUGAAGACUGAAACUUUCACUUACUCAUCUGGUCCAAAGGAGAUAUUUCUCUAAGGCAAAGACAUCACAUAACAUAGCAUUAUCACAUAAUACUGACAUUCAUGGAAGCCAAUAACAGCAACUCCCAGCAGAGUUCCACAGUUUCCUCUUCCCCUGAGAUGAUAUGUCCUCCUUUGAUUCAAGCUGUUAAGGAAGGUGACUUUGAGUUGGUCAAACAACUGCUGGAAAAAGGAGCUGAUGUUAACAUCAAGAUGGAAGGUGGCUGGACUCCACUGCAUAAUGCUGCGAAAGAAGGUAACAAGGAUAUUGUCGAGCUUUUACUAGAGAAAGGUGCUGAUCUUCAUAUCAGGAAGGAGAAUGGCGCCACUCCCUUCAUUGUAGCUGCGAUUGUGGGAGAUGUGGAGCUCCUGGAACUUUUUCUUUCUAAGGGAGCAAACAUCAAUGAAUAUGAUAACCAUGGCUUCACAGCAUUCAUGGAAGCUGCCUAUUAUGGUCACCAGAGUGCCUUAGAAUUUCUUUAUGAAAAGGGAGUAGAAGUGAAUUUGGGAAGACAAACUAGUGAGGAACAAAAGAAACUGCGCAAAGGAGGGUGCACAGCCCUCAUGGAUGCAGCCAGGAAAGGCCAUAUCGAUGUAGUGAAAAUCCUUCUUGAAAAGAUGGAGGCAGAUGUGAAUGCCCGUGACAAUAUGGGCAGAAAUGCUUUAAUCCAUACUUUUCGGGACCCUAAGAACAAGAAUGUGAAGGAGAUUGUGUGUUUUCUGCUAAAAUCUGGAAUUGAUGUCAAUGUGAAGGGAGAAAAGGGGAAAACACCUUUAAUUUUGGCAGUAGAGAAGGAGGAUGUUGAAUUGGUACAGAUGAUACUGGAAAAGUCUGUAACAGAUAUUAAUGUUAUGGACAGUGAUGAAAACACAGCUAUUCUGAUUGCUGUCAGGAAUGAUCAUUUGGACAUUGUCCGGUUGCUGUGUGAAAAAGGAGCAGAACUAGAUUCUGGAGAGCUUAUUAAUAUAGCUCAAGGGAACCACAAUCAAGAAAUGGUCAAGUUUCUUCGAAAAAAGGGGGCCCGUGAGAAUGUCUCUCACCCUCCUAAGUCUUAUAAGCCAAACAGUCAACAAUGGGGGAAAUCCCUGAUGGACCUCCAUAGGAGAAACCGUCCCAUGAUUGGUAAACUCAAGAUUUUAGUUCAACAAGAGUUCAAGAUUGCAGAAACUUCUGAAGGUGGUGUAUACUUGGGGUUCUAUGAUGGGAAAGAGGUAGCCGUGAAGCGAUUCCAAGAAAGAAGUAGACAAGCUCAGCAAGAACUUGACUGCAUCCAACAUUGCAAGAAUAGCAACUUGGUGUCACUUUAUGGGAGAGAAAGUCAAAACAAUUGUAUAUAUUUGUGUUUUGCUCUUUGUGAGAGGACUCUGGAGGAACAUCUGACUGUUCAAAGAGAAAUGGACUUCCAGACCAUUCUCAAAUCUUUAUUUAAGGCAGUUCAAGAACUUCACAGAAACAACUAUGCCCACCAGGACCUGCAUCCAAGGAAUAUCUUGAUAGAUUAUAAAGGUGAAGUUUAUUUGGCAGAUUUUGAUAAGAGUGAAAAGUUGGAUGAAGAUCAGCAAAAAAUUAAGGAUGACAUGAAGGCUCUGGGAAGGCUGGUUCUGUAUAUGGAACACAUGGGGGAAAAAUCCUUUACAGAAAUUCAAACCCAAAGUGACACUGAGGUCAUAGAGGCUUGUAUAAAUGAGGAAAUUAAAGAUAUUGUGCAAAACCUGCUUAACCCUGGAGAAGAAUUUCAAAACCAGCUAAGUGAGAUGCUCGAUCAUCCUUUCUUUUGGAACAGCAAAAUUCGUUACAAGUUCCUUCAAGAUAUGGGGAAUCUAUCUGACAUUAAAAAAAGAAAAAAAGACAGUGACGUGUUCAUGAAAUUCAACCAACCCAACAGUUCUAAAGAUUGGAGAGAAACGAUCGAUGAGAAUGUCUUCCGCAAAAUGAAUGACUUUUAUAAAAAAAUAAAAAAACCUUACUUAUGCUAUGAGAACACUGUUGGAGACUUGCUGAAAUUCAUCCGGAAUCUAGGUACACACUUUGAAGAGGAAACAAAUGCAGAUAUAAAGAGAACAAUUGGAGAACCUUCCGAGUAUUUUAAGGAGAAGUUUCCUAAUCUGGUGAUUUAUGUUUACAAGAUACUGAGGAACAUGAACUACAGGACGCUUUUCCCCAGUGCUGACAGUUUUUAACCUGGUUUGCUGACAUCACACCAACAUGACUCUAGACUUGAGGUUGUUUUAAGUCAUUUCAUUCAAUUCGUUGGAUAAAUCCCAGUCAAUUCAACAAAUGCUUAUUGAAGAUCUACUAUUUAUGAAGAAUUCUGUUAGGUACUUUGAAGACUAUAAAAAAGAGGAAGACUGGAUCCUUGCUCUUAAGGAGUUGAUAUUUUAGAAGGGAGGAUAAAACAUGUAGAUACAUGAACAUAGAAUAAAAUCACAGGUAAAAAUA